AUGGCGCCGCCUAUUCUAAUCGGAGGCCUUCAUGUAGACAGACGCCUUCACGACUUCAUUGAAAAGGAAGUCUUGACUCCCCCCGACGGUGUGGAGUCGUUAGGAAUCGAUAGUCAACGGUUCUGGAACGGCUUUGAGAAUGCCAUCCGUAGACUGCAACCAGUUUGUGAAUCAUUGCUACAGAAGAGAGAAUUCCUUCAAAGACGGAUCGAUCAUUAUCACCGCACAAAACGAAACGAAGCGUUCGAUCCUCUUGACUAUAAAGAGUUCCUCUACAAAAUUGGCUACCUCGUUGAUCAGGGAGAAGAUUUUCAAGUUCAAGUUCAAGAUGUUGAUCCUGAAAUUGCCACGAUGGCAGGUCCACAAUUAGUGGUCCCUCUCUCAAACCCCCGAUUCUCCCUUAAUGCUGUCAAUGCGCGAUGGGGGUCACUCUUCGACAGUCUUUAUGGUUCCGAUGUCAUUCCUCAGACGGGGGAACUCCAAGAGUCUUCCAGCUACAACCCAAAACGGGGCCAAGCUGUAAUUAAGCGCGCAUGCGAUUUUCUCGAUGCAACAUUCCCGAUGAGAAAAGGGAGCUACUGUUCAAUAAAAGGCGUGAAGUUGCAGCAUCAGAGCAACGGGUGCAUUCUAGAAUUCAUUCUGCCGUCUUCAGAAAUAACAGAGUUGGAAGACCCAACGCUUUUCGCUGGUUACUCCGGUGACAUUCAACCCAAUCAAGAAUCUCGAGCUGGUGGAUUUUCUAUUCUCCUUCGGCAUAACAACCUUCACGUUGAGCUUAUUUUCGAUCCACUCAAUGCCAAAGCCCAGUCUGAACAUCCGGCUGCCCUCAAGGACGUCCUUCUGGAGUCCGCGCUGUCGACAAUUCAAGAUUGCGAGGAUUCGGUCACUGCUGUUGAUGCUGAGGACAAGAUUCUUCUCUACAGAAAUUGGCUGGGACUCUGCCUUGGAACGUUGACAUGCGAAAUGCCAAAUAAAAAGAUUCGUUCGAUGAAUCCGGAUCGGGAGUUCUCGAGUCCUACUGGGAAUUCAUUGGUUCUGCCUGGCCGUAGUUUAAUGUUGAUACGCAACGUGGGACACCACAUGUUCACAGAUGCUGUCACCCAUGCUGUCACCGAUCAGCAAAUACCAGAAGGAUUUCUUGAUGCCUUUGUCACAUCAUUGAUCGGAUUGUAUGAUAUCAAAGGAUUGGGUCAGAAAAAGAAUUCGAGGAAAGGCACCAUUUAUAUCGUCAAGCCGAAACAGCAUGGACCUGAAGAAGUUGCCUUAACGAAUGAACUCCUCGGAAUGGUUGAACAAACUUUGGGACUUCCUCGCUAUACCAUCAAGCUUGGAUUGAUGGAUGAAGAACGAAGGACUUCAUUGAAUCUGAAAGCUUGUAUUCGUGAGGCGCAUCGUCGUACAAUAUUCAUUAAUACGGGAUUCCUGGAUCGAACCGGUGAUGAGAUUCACACAAGUUUCGAACUUGGGGCAUUCGAUCUUAAGGACAACUUGAAAUCCGGGGCGUGGAUCGAAGCCUAUGAGAAGCAAAACGUGCAAAUUGGGCUCCAAUGCGGGAUGUUUGGUCGUGGACAAAUUGGAAAAGGCAUGUGGGCUGAACCAGACGGAAUGAAAGCGAUGGUUGAUUCUAAAAUUAAGCAUCCAAAGGGCGGGGCUUCAACAGCGUGGGUCCCUUCGCCCAAAGCAGCAACAUUGCAUGCACUCCAUUACCAUCAAGUCCGAGUGCACGAGAUACAGAAGGAGUUGUUGAAAGUCUGUGGAGAGAAGAGCGGACAGAACGAGAGCCCCUUCCUUGACGCGUUACUACAGAUUCAAGUGGUUGCCGAUCGGUCAGCAUUUACAGCGCGGGCCAUUCAGAAGGAGUUAGACAACAAUGUGCAAGGGCUGUUGGGUUAUGUCGUGCGUUGGAUCGAUCAAGGAGUUGGGUGCUCUAAAGUUCCAAAUAUAGAUGGAGUUGGGCUCAUGGAAGAUCGCGCAACUUUAAGGAUCUCGUCACAACAUGUUGCGAACUGGUUGAGGCACGGUAUUGUUUCUGAAGGCCAAGUGUUCGACACGAUGCGUCAGAUGGCUGCCGUGGUCGAUCACCAGAAUAGCAAGGAUCCGCAGUAUCUGCCAAUGGAGCCUCAUCCAUUCACGAGUUUGGCGUAUCAAGCUGCUCUUGAUCUUGUCUUUCGAGGAGCAAGACAGCCUAAUGGAUAUACGGAAUAUAUUUUGCAUCAAAAAAGGCGAGAGGCAAAAAAACGUUGCAAUGGAGAUGAGGGGGAGGAAGAAGGGAGCUCGAUGCCAGGAGAAUCAUCCCGUUGGUGUAAAAUGUGA